AUGCUCGGCACACGCGACAGCACCCGCCUGACUUGCGUGCUGCUCGUCGCGGCCGCGUUUGCCCUUUUGCGCGACGCCAUCACCCUCGCGCCCGCGGUAUUGUCCGCCCAGCUCGACGACGCGCGGGAGGGUGCCGCUGCAGUCGUUCUUCUGGCCGCGUGUUUGGGUGCUUGGCUCGGGACACGGCCGGCGGCGGAUCUCCCGCUCCGCCUCAAGCUCCUGACCUUCAGCCUCGUGGAGGCGUCGGUCGUGUGCGACAACUACCUCCGGCAUACGCGGACCGGCGACAGGGCGAACCUUGUCUUUCCCAAGGUUCACUGGCACGGCCCAUUCGUUGCCAGCGUCCUCGUAGGAGUUGUGGCACGCCCUCGCCAACGACACACCUGA